AAUGAGCAACACAACAUGGAUAUUUAAUUUCUUCAAUACACUUUCCCAAUCUGUAAUUCCCCCAAAUAUAAUUGCUUUAUUAAUUGUUGUACCUUCAACCAUUCUUUACUUGACUGAAUUAGGAGUGAUUUUUCGUUUCAAAAAAGUUUUCAAAUCUUCAUUUUUCAAACUUUUUGCUGCUAGAACUAUAUCGGUUAAUUAA